GUGUUGGGAUGGGGGUGCUGGAAUGGAGGAGAACUGGAAGACACUGGGAUUUGGGGGCACUGGGAUGGGGGAGAACAUUGGGAUUGGGGAGCACUGGGAUGUACUGGGGCUGGGUUUGGCACUGGGAUAGGGGGUGCUGGGAGAAAGGACUACUGGGAUGCACUGGGAUGGGGUUGGCAUUGGGAUGGGGGGAUGCUGAGAUGGGGGGGUGUUGAGAUAAGGGCUGCUGGGAUGAGGGAGUACUGGGAUGGACUGGGAUGGGAAGGCAAUGGAGGGGGGACACUGGGAAAAGUGGCACUGGGAUGGAGGACACUGAGAUGGGGGCUGUUGAGAUGGGGUUGCUAGCAUGCACUGGGAUGGGAAGGCAAUAGGAUGGGGGGACACUGGGAUGGGGGAAUGCUGAGAUGGGGGGUGCUGGGAUGGGCAGUACUGGGAUGAGGGAGUACUGGGAUACACUGGGAUGGGAAGGCAGUGGGAUGGGGGACACUGGGAAGGGAGGGCACUGGGAUGAGUUUCCCACUGGAAUGGGGGGAUGCUGAGAUAGAGGGGUGUUGGGAUAGGGGGUGAUGGGAUUAGAGAGUACUGGGAUGCAGAGGGAUGGGAAGGCAAUGGGAUGGGGGACAAUGGGGAAGACGUGGGCACUGGGAUGGGGUUGGCAGUGGGAUGAGGGCACUGGGGAAGGGCUGUCAGCCCAUUUUGGGUAAAUUGCCAUGGGAAGGGCACCCGGGGAUACCCCACACAGCACACUUAGGGCUGUGCUGCCCACUCAGUGCCCCUUCAGAACCCCAAAGCAGCCCCUCCCCCCCCUCUAAGGGUGCUGAGGUUGCGGGGUCAGACCCAUGCAGUGGGGCUGCCCCCGUAACCUUCUGUCCUUAUUUCUGGGGUGGGGCCAUGAGGUGGGGCAGGCAGGCAGCGGUGCUGGUGCUGCUCCCAAGGAUUUAUCCACCGCCUUUUGCAGCGCUCAGAUCCCCAGGUGCUGCGGGUGCUGCCCUGGAGGUGGGCGCUGAGGGUCACUUCUGGCUUUGCCCCCCACAGGUGACCCCCACCCCGACACCAUGAUGGAGUCGUGGCCCCCCAGUGCGAGCACGGCGCAGCACGGCGGUUUCGGGGCACAGAAUGGCAGCGUUGAGUCCUUGGAGCUGCAGUCCACGCUCCAACCUUUGCCCUUGGAUCCGUGGGACGUCGCGCUGUGCGUCUCCGGCACCGUCAUCAGCUGCGAGAACGCGGUGGUGCUGGCGGUGCUGGCGGUGACGCCAACCUUCCACGCGCCCGCAUUCCUCCUCGUGGGCAGUUUGGCGGCCGCCGACCUGCUGGUGGGGCUGGGCCUCAUCCUGCGCUUCGCUUCCAUCUACCUGGUGCCGUCGGAGGCGCUGGGUUUGGGGACGGCAGGGCUGCUGCUCACCGCCUUCACCGCCAGCGUGGGCACCGUGCUGGCCAUCGCCGCCGAGCGCUUCGUGUCGCUGCACCAUGCGCUCACCUACAGCUCGGGGCGGGCGGGCGGCCGGACCCGGCUCACACUGCUGCUCACCUGGGGAGCGUCGCUGUGCUGCGGGCUGCUGCCCGCCCUGCGCUGGAACUGCGUGCGGGAUCCGUCCUCCUGCGGCUCCAUCCGACCGCUCGGCCGGCACCACCUCGCCGCCCUCUCCAUCGCCUUCCUGGCCGCCUUCGCCGUGCUGCUGCAGCUCUACGCACAGAUCUGCCGCAUCGCCCGGCGGCACGCGCAGCACGUG